AUGUCGAAACCGUCAAUCAUUGGGAGUCCUCCGUCGGAUGCCGGUACAGUGGGUGCCUUGGAAUGGUGGUUUGAGCGUGGAAGUGAGGCCGACCUGAAGAUAUUUGAUAAUGCGAAGACGCUUGUUGAACAGACGCGUCGGUGGUUGCGCACAUACGGCAUUGAGUAUGGGGUAUACUCUAGAAAACGGGCGGAGCCGACAUGGAUCACGGUUGAGUUGAGCAAGCUCGCGGGCCGCGUGAAGAACAGGACCUUUAACAAGGUCGCACGAUAUUGGGUAAAAGCCGAGUGGCCGGAGCUUCUGAUAGCGGGCCAGAGUCACUGGCCAGGAAGGGGCCUCGAGAGUCGCGGAAAAAACCUUCAAGACGCGGAGGAACCAUUGAGUGGCCGUGGGGACAAUGACGAAGGAGGUCAGAAGGCAGGCGACGAAGACGAAACGGAUACGCUGGAGAAUCGCGUGGUGGAAUCGGCAAAGGAUGUGGUGAGAGCCAAGGCGGAGGAAUGUAGGAAGCGGCUCAAGAAGUGCGACUACUGUAGGUCUGCAACAAGGGCAGUGCGGGAGUGCGUGGUAGACCAAGAUAGCGGGACAUGCGGGACGUGCAGAAAAGCCGGCAAGGGAUGCUACUUCCAGGGCUACUCGCUUAAUGGGACACAGAACAAGAACGCAGCGACGCUCGUGACGCCCGAUGACGAUGCCUCUUCGACCGUUAAGAAGGGCAAAAGGAAAGCAGCGAGUGUCACCCAAGUGCUGGAGCAAGAACGUCCUGCCAAAACCACGGCUUCCGUUGUUGAGGAAACAACACUGGUUCAGCGCGAAACUCGAUCCCGUGCACUGCGACAACCGUCGGCCGCGAAAUUGAGCGAAACCGCUCUGGACACAGCGACCAAGACCAGGGGGGCGAAGAAUGGGAGACUGAUGGAUGAGCGUUCGGAGACCCCUGAGGAGGCGCCUCCUCGAAAGCGGGGAAGAUACGACGUCGAGAAGCCCUCCAACGCUACACAGAAGAGGCCUACGCGCGCGACGGCUGCCGCUCCCGCUACCAACGCCGACCGAAGGGCUUCUAGGCCGUCGAAUCCCGUAUCCGAUGGCCACAUCCAACGUGAACCCUCGCAGAGACCCUCAGACGCGGCGAGUAUUCACAAUGUCAACAUCGAUGGCGGAAACGAACGGCGGGGGGAACUCGAUGAUGCGUCGGAUAGCGCAGGCGAGGCCGCCGGUGACCAUCCGAUUAUAUUCAUUGGGAAGGUAAUCAAGCUCUGUGAAGCGGAGAGGGCGAAGGUCGCAAAGAAGAUGGAGAAGUUGCAGAAGCACCGUAUCUGGUUAGAUGCCCAGCUAAAGGCAAACAAGACACGUUUGCGAGAGCUGCAGCAGGCACAAAUGGCCGAGGCCGGGCCUAGUCACCAGCAGGGCUCCUCGCCGUGA